AUGGAGCGUAGGAUCGACUCAGGCCACAGCUACCACGGCCUGGGUGUGUAUGAGGUGGAAGUAAGGUCUAACCUUGAUAGGGAUACGGCACCAGAAGCAGAAGGCCUCAUUGGCGAAGGAGCUUCAGGUCUGGAGGGCAACGAGAACCAUGAAGGCGACGUGAACCACGAGGGUAGCAACGUUGAUCAAGAGCCCAUAGAGCUGCAGCGGGAGGAACAGGCCCACAUGGCUGCCCAGGGUCCACAGCACCAGAAUAGGCAGCCACGAUCCCAGACCAAUAGGUUUACGCCGUUCCAGCUGCAGGAGCUGGAAAGUGUUUUCAGAGACACUCCAUACCUUGAUAUGCUCACAAGAAGGGAGCUUGCAAGACGCAUAGGUGACACUGAAACCAGAGUGAAGGUUUGGUUUAAGAAUAAGAGGGCCAAGUGUAGGAGAAAUCAGAGGACAGCAGAAAUGCAACACCAAGUCUUCCCCUGGAACAUCUGGUCAUCAUAG